GAGCAUCCUCCGCAACAAGACUCCCGCGCCUACCUUAGUAUCAACGUUCGGAUCAAAGAAUUUGCACUGAAGCUUCCGAUUUCUUUUCACUCUUUGAACAGCUUAAGAACGCAAGUCUAUAUCACCAAAAUUAUCAUCAUCAGCAGAUAUACAUCUUGAUCAUUGUUCGUCUCUGUCAAGGAAAUAAAGGGCCGAGAGUUCCGAUAUGAAGCUCAGCGCUCUCCUCUUCAGCGCCGCAGUCGUUCUCGCUGCUCAUGGCGAGCUUGUCACAAGAGACAAAUCUGUAUUGAAUUUCACCCCAUCCACAAUCAUGAUGACAAAGACCAAGAAAGGAAGAUCACCAACUUCAACCACUUCCUCUGCAUCCGCAACAUCUUCUCCAAUCUACCCAUACGGCUACCCUCUCUGCUCGAUCCCCAACUCCGAUCUGAAACCUGGUCCAGGAAACGCCACCGCACUAGUCCACCAACAAGUCGGCUCCAAUGUACUUGUCUGUGUAGAGCAAUGCCGCGCAGAUGUCGGUGACGCCAAAGUGGGUCGUGGCCAGUGUAAGAGUAUCUUGUUUGAGAGUCGGUAUACGAUGUGUUUGUUCUAUGAUGUUACGGUGGAGGAUACAAGGCAGGUUGAUGAUAAGAGGUUUCGGUUUAGAAGUUGGGAUAAGGAUUGCUGGGUUGGUUAGGGUGAAGGAGUAGGUGAAUUUGUGCGAUGCGGUGGGGUGUGUGAAAUCAAGGGGAGGCAGGCUUUGGGGGUAGUGGGGUACACUUAAUAGCGUCAG